GGAAUCAUUCGCAGGAAAGCUAGUCCUCGCCAAUCAAUCAAAAAUUUUCAAUCAUGGGUUGCUAGCCUAGUAAAACUAUAUUAUGAAGUGUUGCUGAUGAAGUGUUGCUGAUGGAUGCUCAGAGCAGAUUCCCUGGAAUUCAGAGCCCACUCAUCUCGGCGAGAGACACACUUCCACUUUGGAAUGUAAUAUUUGUGUGACAAAUAGUGGCCUUGGCUAUAAGCCGUAAACUAACCUUAAAUCAAUAACCCCUCCGUGUGGGUCAAUAUGCACGUAGAACAUUCACUCCACGCGCCACGGUUUGUUAACGUGGACCUGUGUUCCUGAGAAGCCUGGGCAAAGGAAACGAGGAAAGAAACAGUAAAAUCGGGAUUCUGGGGUUCUCAACAGUGAGUUUCAAUCAUGUAACCAAGCAUGUUAAAGGAAAACGAAAGCUUUAUGAAAGGGAAUGCGCUGUCGUAUCACGCUUAGUUUACCUCUGAAUUAAAUGCAAUUCAUGUCUGCACAUAACAGUAGGAAACUGGUGCUCCAUUUCGAUUUACGGAACACUAUUCUCGUCGCGGACUCCGUCACAAACAUCAAUGUAGAACAGGCUUUGAAUUCCUAUCUAACUGGCGUCACAUGGGGGAAGGAAGACGACAAAACAGGGGAGUGGACGUGGGUCAGUGACACCCCUUCCCUGGACCCCCCUAAUGAGGACUGUGUCACGUACUACAAAUAUCUAGAGAAGGAGCUCGUUAAAGUGCCAUAUGAUCGUCUUCUCCUGCGACAAGCUACAGGUGACUUCACUCAGGUUGAACUAGGUCGGCGAUUUUCUACUUUUUUCGACAAGCACCUCCGUCUCUUGGAGUGGACGCAUGGAAAACACAGUAACGUCAAAGCUGCGUUCUACAUGCAUGGGACGAACGGUAAGAGAUACCACUAUCUUCUCCCGUCUUUCUUCAAUCUCUUGUCUACUCUUUACUCACAAGGAAGAGAUUUUUGCGUGGUCCUCCGAACCUAUGGCAUGGAUGCAGCAAACGUUUUGGAGUGCAUUAAACUUUUCACUGGCGGUUUACACCCUGAUUUCCCACAUCCACUGCCGCUAAAGGUGCAUACGAAACCAGGUGCUAUACUACGAAAUGGUGAAAACUUCGAGCUAAAAGGCCAAAGAAAUGAAUGUGAUGUGACUCUAUCGUCUGAGGAUCAAAUCUAUUCAAUACUUAGCGAAGGUGGGGGAAUUCGCGCAUUUGUGGACGAUUUCGCCAACUGGCAAAACCAUGGGUAUCAUUACAGCAAGGGAAAACCUCUGUGGAUAAAUCUCCACGAUACGUCUGUGCAACACAUUCUAUUUGACGACAACAUCCGAGUCACAGAAGAUGACAGCGUAGCGAAUGUUCGAUUGUUUUCGGUUGCUGACGGAAGUUUCCGAAGUCUCUCAAAGGAACAUGCGUCACGUUUCCAAGACACCUGCCUUGUGCAAGCAGAUCUUUUGGAGAGUAUACAGAGAAGUGAUUACUUUAUUGAGAAAGUGAAAGCAUGUGAAGAUCGAUACAAUAAUUUACUACAACAAAAGGAUGUUUUCAAUUCUAAAAAGCACGCAAUGAAAUAUUCAUGAGAUGACAUGUACGAGGAGUGUGGUUGUCAAAUUGAAGUACCCUUCACAGACAUAUUCCCCUUAGAGUAUAACUGAUUUACUCUUAUUUAUACGGUGCAUAUCAUGCUAAGCAAGUUAUUUCAAUAUUUGGGUAUAAUUUUUAAAGGGACUGUGAUGUGAGAUAGGUCGUUUAUCUGUGAUUUCACCAUAUGAACGUGUUAGUACAUGUACUGUGACUGUUGUUUCUUCUUUCACCAACACAUUGGAAAAUCUUCCACCAACUCUUUGUCUACGAGUAUUCAGGAACGUGUCAAUAUUUACAGCUUUUGAUUAAACAAUACCAGUUUUAACAUUCUUGGAAGGUGUAUUUUAAGCCUAUAGAUUACAUUUACACGGACGCCGUGCGAUGAAAUUUAUCAUACGGUUUUAUUAAUCGUAAUGAGCUACGGGCUACGCCGAGUAUGCCUACAUUACACGGCCUUAAAUCCGUAAGAUUCCGUGCGAUUUCGCACGGCCACCGUCUACCUCCGUUCAGACGCCGUACGAAAAGGGUAUCACGGGCAGUAUACGUGCACCGUACGGGUACCGCAUUUCAAAUGUAAUCUAGGCGUAAGUGCUCCCAGAGUUUCAUAUGUACAUGCACUGCCUUCCAUGUCAUUAUUGUGCACAUUAUUAACACAGUCAGAUAUCUCGUAAGCGAAUACGCUGACAGUAAAAGUUCUACUAGCAUACGAUGUUCGAUUGUGUAAAAUAUACGUAUACGUACAUAAAUUGGGCAAAAAAUCGCCGCAACACACCUCGCACACUACUGAACGUCAAAUUACAGGCGCCAGCGCACGUACUGGGUACGAAAAAACGGGAGUUCUUAUGUAUGAAGGUAUACUAUUCAGAAAGAAAGAUGGGACGAGAAAUCUAAGCGGAAAUAAGAGAAAAAUAAAGUGAUUAAAAGACCUUGCGCUUCAGUUCUGAAGUCAUGGAAUGAAUGAAUGAAUGAAGAAGAGAACUCCAAGUGGGUACAACUUUGGAAGGGGUAAAUGAUAUCAAUAUUGCAAUUAUUAUUUUUUCCGAACAACACAUUUCUCAUAACCCUCCUGAAUUCAAAGUACAAAACAACCGAAUUAUGUUUAAAAUGCCUGUCUUAUGUUUCUCGUUGUAUUAUUAAAUGAAAUUUUGCCAAACUGUAAUUGAGUGGACGUUUUUUCCGCGUGGUAUAUUCGUUAGCUAUUCUAUAAAAUUCUUGGUCAUGAAAAAUGAGAAAUAAAACACCGGUAAAGAUAAAA